AUGGCAGGCGACUACCUGCGCAGCAGCUCCCCCUGCUCCUCGAACUGCUCAUACACAAUCCAAAUCCCCAGCUCCCGCCUCGCAUGCACAUCCACCGACGCUCCGAACCUCCACACCUGGGUCAACAAAACCUACAAGCAGAGCCUAACAUGGACAAACGCAUACAUUUACCUCGCCUCACCGAACUACCGCCUCUACGAUGAUUUCGCCAUGGUGCUGGCGUCGAACGACCGUUUCGCCGUGUUCAACGCCACGACGACCGGAACCACGGGCCAGAAUGUGACGGAGCAGUCUCGGCGGGCGAGUCUGGCGGCGGUGCAGGAUACGCUGGUGCUGGAGUGGGCGGGGUAUAUCGAUAUAUUCGCGGCCAACACCCUGAUCGCCCUGACGAGCCUCUACCGCGGCCCCGCCAAGCAGCCCGUCUUCACCCUCACCCCGGCCGCCCUGCAGUCGCUACUACAAAACAUCACCCUCUCGCUGCUCACCCUCCUCCAGGCCACGACCACGACCACCGUCACCAAGACCAUCACCGUCAACGUCUACCGCUUCCCCCACCCGGCGCGUUUGGUCACCCCGUACUUCGUUGCGUUGGCCAUGGCCGGGCGGGCACGCGCUCGUGCGGAACGGCAUCUCGGCGCGCACGACGGGCUUGUUCCAGACGCUGUGUGCGACGCGCGGGCGUGA